CCUCAUACGGAGGUACAAGAACUUGAAACGCUAAGAGAAAAUUUAAGGGCAAUUUAUGGUCUUAUUGUUCAGCUGCCUGUAAUGCACGGCUACUCGUACAGACCGCAGGUAGAGACGUCGCCAGGCCCUGGGAGACCAAGGUACGUCAUCCCUUCAGAACAGCUAUCAUGUUUGCGGAGUGAGUUCAACAGCUGGACGCAGAUUGCUGCCGACUUAGGGGUCUCUAGGCAAACUAUUUAUAAUAGGAGAAGGGAGCUUGGAUUUUCUCUUGUCUUUGAGGGAUACAGUAAUAUUCCUGGCACUGACUUGGACAAUCUUGUCAGAGAUGAACUAAAUGCUUUCCCGCGGACAGGCGAAACAAAUGUUAUGGCAGGCCUCAGACAGAGGGGCAUCUAUGUUCAAAGGUGGAGGGUGCGAGAGGCCAUAGUAAGAGUAGACCCGAUCAACCGUGCAAAUAGGUGGGGACAGAGAAUAGUUAGGAGACCUUACAGUGUCCCUCAUCCAAACUUCCUGUGGCACAUGGACAGUAAUUUAAAAUUACGUCACUGGCGGAUGUGCAUCCAUGGCUGCAUUGAUGGAUUUUCGAGAUGCAUAAUUUACCUCGAUGUUCACAACAACAAUAGAGCAAGUACUGUCCUCACCUCGUUUCAGCGGUCAACAAAUGAAUGGGGUGUCCCAUCGCGAGUUCGAGCCGACAAUGGAGGAGAAAAUGUGGCUGUCAGAGAUUUCAUGGUCUUUUUUCGAGGUGAAAAUCGGGGCAGUUUUUUGACAGGGCCUAGCACACGGAACACCAGAAUAGAACGCCUUUGGAGAGAUGUUGUGGAAAGUGUUGUGACUGUGUUUACAUCUUUGUUUUUGUUUAUGGAGGCUAGACACAUUUUGGACCCUAUGUGUGAACGUGAUAUGUUGGCCUUGCACUAUGUCUUCCUUCCGAGAGUGCAGAGACUGUUAGACAGAUUUACCCAACGCUUCAACUUUCAUUCUGUCUCAACUGAAGGUAACCGAACACCCCGGCAACUGUGGGCCUCCGGGUGCCUCAGAAAUUUCAACUCCCCAAAUGCUGGUAUACGUGAUGUUCUGGACACUGACAAUUCCAUACCUGAGGAUAUGGACAUGUAUGGGCAUGAUCCUGCUGCUCCACUGCCUGAUCCUCAAGAAGAUGAGGAGGGAGUGGUGAUCGCAAACAUAGACUUCGAACUAUCAGAGGAGGCUAAUGCUGCUUUAACACAGAACUUCACUCCUCUGAUGGAAGACAACAACUAUGGCAUUGAAAUAUAUUUACAAGUUCGGGAAUUCAUUGCAAGGAUCAUUCAAGAGUAA